AUGAUGGCUGGAGGCUUAACAGAUGCCAGUCCUUCUACUCCAGAUGUUCAGCAGCUGGCUGACAAGGUAAGUAAAAGAGCCCAUUAAACAUUGACAAAUUUAUAUUUGGUAUAUAAAUUAAACCAAUGUGGAAAACGCACCUUAUUUAGUAGCUGUCCUUCAGUUGUGAAAUAAGAAUACCUGUUUAUCUGGCUACAGAUUGCAUGUGUUAUUUCAGAAUCAAUAACCUCCCUUGACUCAAAGUUUGGUGGCGCCAGUGACAAUGCCCUAUUCUAACUAAUGGUGAUGGGGAGGGGCAUUGAGCCCCCCCCCCAACUCUUUGCUCUCCUGUCCUGCUACAGACCCCCUGUCUUGUGUCAUCCACACAGGGACCAGAUUUGGAAAAUGAAUAUCAAUGCUGAUAGUCUCACGAUUUCAGAUUCCCUUUAUUUUGUAAAUCAAGUAAAAUAAAAAUCCAUAGGAGCUGUCACAAAGAGUCUUGUGGCAGCUCGGAGGUUAUUAUGGAAUAUGUUUUUGUGACACCUUACAGGCUUACAAACUGCUUGUAGUGCAAGUAAGGUGGUGUGUGUUUUUUUCGACUCUAGCCUACAAAAACUUAGAUGCCACGAGACUUUGUAGCUUUAUUUUGAAAGAACGCUAUUUGUUCUAGGGGAGCAGUUUAAUAUUUUCAGAGAUCACAAAGCUAGCCAUACUCAGAUUCUUUUUCACAAAGGGCGGCAAAUAUGUUCCAGCAGCCUUAAGGGUUUUCAACGCAAAACCCGUUUCCCAACUCCUGUACGCUGCCAAUGUCUGGCAUAAUGGGGACCUGCCAAAGCUAGAUGCCUUUCAGGCAAAAUUUCUACGAUCUCUGCUGCAGGUACCCAACUGUGUCCCCAACUCCGUACUUCUGUUAGAAGCUGGUGAAUGCCCAAUUUCAACUAAAGAGUGGUGGGCUGCCCUAAAACAUUGGCUCAGGAUUUCAGUGUUUGAUCUAGGAAAGGGUUUGUACCAACACCUGACCAAUUAGGAGUUUGUCAGCAAAUGGCAGAAAACCAUGGCUAAAAAAGCCACCUCUAUUGGUCUGUCACCACCACCCCCAACUGUAUUACCUGGGUUAUGAAGGCGCCCUAAAGACGUUAAAGAAAAGAUUAUGGGAUAAUGCACACAGUGACUUGCGAUCUUGAUCAAACGCAGUCUGUAGUCCGCUGGCAGUAAGAGCACAAUAUGGGCAUGUCUUUAAGUUAACAUCUUACAUUAAAAACUUGACAGUACCAAAUUAUCGAAGGCUUUUCACCAAAGCCAGACUAAACGCUUUUCCUUCUGCAGUGUUGGAUGGCAGGUUGAGAGGAGUUCCCUACCAGGACAGACUUUGCUCGUGUGCUCAAGACAUCGAUUCCAUAAAACAUAUUCUGUUGCACUGUGCGAAAUAUGAGCAAGCCAGGGCUGAACUGAUAUAACCCUUGCUGGUACCUUUCCCGGGAAAAUCAGAGGCUCACUAUGUCAGGUUCCUAUUGGAAGACCGGACAAACACUAGAACAUUAGCAGUGGCAAAGUUUUUAUCGGUGGUUGCAGGAACCAGUGAUCCCUAUAUUCUGAACAAGAUGCUUGUUUAACCUGGAGGUAGGCUGUAUGAAUUGUGUAUUGCUUUGUAACGAUUUGUUGGGUCUCUGGACCUUAAUAAAGGUUGAUGAUGAUAUUUUCAGAGACUAAAUUGUUAGGUAUGGCCAAAUGUAUUGAGUCAGCCCACGCAUUUUGACCACAAUGUCAUAUAGCCUUUUGUGCCAUUUUUACUGCGUUUCUUCUUCAUAAAAACUUCCAUCUCAAGAAGCGUUUGGUUGCAUACAAAAAUGCGUCUCUUUUCUAGGCAAGCAGGUUUGGCUUCUCUGGGAAGGGCAGCCAUGUGCGUGCGUCCACCCUUGGCCUGAGAUCAAGACUUGUCUGGAAACAGCGGCUGUUUCUGCGUUUGUCCCAAAUGGAUUUGCGGGUCUGCAAAAUUUCUCAAACAUAAAAUGAAUAACGGAGCAAUGCAAACGCCCACCGUUUCCUGUGGCUUUGGCUCAGUUCUUUGCUGCCCAAGAAUGACAACUCUUCUUAUUUUUAAUUUCAGAUGAAAUCUCAGAUAGAACAGAAGGAAAACAAGGUUUAUACUGUUUUCACUGCUGUCGAGUACAAAACACAGGUGGUUGCUGGAACAAACUAUUUCAUUAAGGUCAGUGCUCCAACUGAGAAAUGAUCGGGAGUUUUAUUAAUGAACUUUCUAUUCUAAAAAGUCUACAUUUUUAAAACUAGUUGUGGCGUUUGCCUCCUAGGAUGGGUCAUAAGGAAAGGGUUAAAAUAGGUGUGAUGUGAUUGGCCAGUGAGAAUGCAAGGGGGGAAUAAAAGUUAGAGUGGGAGGUUUUGAAAGUCAAUUGAGGUUGAGGUUUGGGAGUUGAAGAAGGAAGAGGGAGGUUUAGGUGUGGGUUGGUAGAGUUGCAUUGUGAGAGAGUGAGAGGAAUUGUUAGGUGGAGUCAGAUAGAUAGUUGGAAUAAUCCGUUUGGAGUUGUUGGGAACUAAGAAUAAAAAACUGACAAGAGAAAAAUUAACUGAAACCAUAAGCUUGUUCCUGCAUUUAAAAAUAAACUUGAUUAUUUGGUUGUGUUAACAACUGACUGGACUCCGUGUGUCCCCGGGAGAUACGGGGUGGUGGCAGCGGAAAAAGCAAUCGCAGUGGCGGCACAGGGUCAAUAGACCGUCAAACGUCUGGGGGCCCUGUGUGUGAUCGCCACACUAGUUUUUAUUGAAGAAGCUUAAUCAAGCCAUAUAUAUAUAUUGAAGCCAUAUAUUGAAGUAUUAAUUACUGAAUACCUUUGCCGUUUAAAACUACUUCAACAGGAAGCUCUUGCAUCACUUUAGAAAUAGGCUGGCUUGCCUUUAGAGAUGGACGUGUAUCGUCCCUUCACUCGUUCUUCAAAAUGAGAGAAAUGCUGCCUGGUGCUGCCUGUUGCGUAAGGCGCAGGUGGCGCUGUGGUCUAAACCUCUGAGGCUCUUGGGCUUGCCGAUCGGAAGGUUGGCAGUUUGAAUCCCUGUGACGGGGUGAGCUCUCAUUGCUCAGUCCCAGCUCCUGCCAAUCUAGCAGUUCAAAAGCACACCAGUGCAAGUAGAUAAAUAGGUACCGCUGUGGCAGGAAGGUAAAUGGCAUUUCCGUGCGCUCUGGCUUCCGUCACUGUGUUCCAUUGUGCCAGAAGCAGUUUAGUCAUGCUGGCCACAUGACCCACAAAGCUGUCUGUCCCUCGGCCUGAAAGUGAGAUGAGCGCCACAAGCCCAUAGCUGCCUUUGAUUGGACAUCAUCAUCAUCAUCAUCCAUUUUAUUUAUACCCUGCCCAUCUGGCUGGGUUUCCCCAGCCACUCUUAAGCUUAACCGUCCAGGGGUCCUUUUAUUUUUAACCUAGUUCUUCCACCUUUUCAUUUGGUUACUACAGUAAAACCCUAAGAAAGUUGUCCCUCUCACUGUACAAAGCUGGCCAGUAGAUUGUCCAGUCGAUGGGUCUCUAAGCAAUGUGCACUUCCUGUUUAACACAAUUCUUUUUAUGCAAGCUACUUUUGCCUUAGGUUCCAAUCAACCCUCCCUCCCUCGACUAAAAGCUGCUCACAGGAGUAGCUAAUUUGUGAUUCUGCCGGCCUCUUACUUUCAUAAUCUCCCCAAACUUUGAACUGGCUGCUAGGAAUUGGGAGUCCAACAGUAGCUGGAGGGGCACAUUUUAGGAUUGUUAAUGUGAACUCGGGUAGUAAUUAACAUCGAACAUUUUAACCCUGGCUCAUUCUCUCUUCCCUACAGGUCGACGUUGGCCAGGGUGAACAUUUGCACUUGCGUGUCUUCCAGCCCCUUCCUCACAAGAACGAAGCCCCUUCUUUGACCGCUUACCAGACUGGGAAGACAGCAAGUGAUCCACUGAACUACUUCUAA